AUGAUUUCGUUUUUUAAUUUAAAAGAUUUAUGGCAACCUGACAGACUUGUAUGUAAAUCAGGUCGGGUCGAUUUUUUUGUUCGACAUAAACCAGUCGUUUGGAGUCGAACAUGUGCCGAUUGGUAUUCAAAUUUAAUUUCAGCGAAAUGGAUAUCUGUAUUAUCAUUGAUAAUGGCAAUUUUUGUACUUAGUUGGACGUUUUUUGCCUUUGUCUGGUAUGUAAUUGCAUUUUAUAAUGGAGAUUUCACAGCUGAUCAUCUUCAUCCAAAUACAAAUCAUCGGCCAUGUCUCGUUAAUGUUGGAAAUAGUUUUUUAGCUUUUUUUCUUUUUUCAUUAGAAACUCAACAUACAAUUGGUUACGGAUAUCGACAUGUUAAUGAUGAAUGUAAAGCUGGCGUUAUCCUAUUAAUGAUUCAAUCGGCUGGUGGUGCUUUAAUAACAAUUUAUGUUGGUGGUAUUGUUUUUAAUAAAUUAGCAAGACCAAAACAAAGAAUGACAGUAUUAACAUUUAGUGAACGAGCAGUCAUCGCACCACGUGAUGGGCAAUUGUGUUUUAUGUUUAAAGUUGGAAAUAAUAUUGUUACACAAUUAAUGCGUCCUGCUAUCCGAGUGAUUUAUUAUAAAUUACAACCAAAACCCACAGGUGAAAUCUCGCCUGUUGAAAAUUUUGAUAUGGCUGUACAUCCUUCAAAUACAAAUUUGAUGUUAGUAUGCCCAUUAGUUAUUGAACAUAAAAUCGACCAAUCGUCACCACUCUAUCCUAUAUCACCUACGAAACUUUAUAAUUCAGACGGAAAUGGUUCCGAUGCAUUUGAAAUUGUUGUCAUUAUCGAAGGAACCAUGGAAUCAACAGGUGAUGCGUGUCAAUAUCGUACUAGUUAUAAGCCACGUGAAAUUCUCUGGGGUUUUCGUUUUAAACAAACUCGUUUUACAUUGGAAGAAGGAAAAUUUAAUUUUGAUAUGACUACAUUUGAAGAAUUUGAAUCAGUCAAUAUGGAUGGAUACAUAAGAAAAGGUAAAGGGCCACAAUUAUUUGCACCAGAUUUAUCAUAUAAAAUGCAGUCACGAAUAAAACGAAAACGAAAAACUAAUCGAACAAAUGAAUCACCAGUACGCGUCAAUGCAUAA